UGUUAUAAAUAGGGAGGAACCUCCAAAAAUAUAUAUACAUGAAAAACCUUCUCCUUUGGUCUUGAUUUGUUUCCUAUUUACUUAAGUUGUUCACCUCUCUCUACUUCUUACCAAAAAUGGCUGGCAUUAAUCGACCCUUAUUAACUCUUCCAUUAUCAAACCAAACUCAAUUGAAUCAAGUUAUCCGUCGCUCUGCUGAUUUUCAUCCAAGUGUUUGGGGAGACUAUUUCCUGACUUAUUCUUCUCGACCCAAGGAAGUGGAUACACAAGAAUGGCUAGAGCAUCAACAACUAAAAGAAAAGCUGAAGAACAUGCUUGUGGAAGCCACACACAUUUCUUCCCAUAAAUUGCACUUGAUUAACAAGAUUCAUCGCUUAGGAGUGUGUUAUCAAUUUGAAAAGGAGAUUGGAACUUCAUUGGAACACAUAUUCAUGGCCUAUGAUGAGAUCAACACUAAUGAAGAUGAGAAUGAUCUUUUGAUUGUAUCUUUGCGCUUUCGACUACUAAGACAAGAAGGGUACCACGUAUCAGCUAAUGUGUUUCAAAAGUUCAAAAAUAGCAAUGGAAAGUUCAAGGAAUCAUUGGUCGACAUAAACAAUGUUCAAGCAAUGUUGAGCUUGUAUGAAGCAUCACAUCUUAGAGUGCAUGGGGAGCAGAUUUUAGAGGAAGCACUAACAUUUACCACUUUUCACCUAAAAUCCAUGCUACCAAACAUGACCAAUCCUCUUAGAUCACAAGUUAGUGAAGCACUAAAGCAGCCGAUUCGCAAGAGAUUAAUAAGGCUAGACGCACAAAGAUUCAUAUCAAAUUUUGAGCCAAAUGGAACACAAGAUGCUUUAUUGCUGAAAUUUGCAAAAUUGGACUUCAAUUUGUUGCAGAAGGAACAUCAAUGGGAGCUUGGCAAUCUUACAAGGUGGUGGAAAGGAUUAGAUGUCCCAAAUAAAUUUCCUUUUGCAAGAGACAGAUUGGUGGAAUGUUACUUUUGGGCAUUGGGAGUGUAUUUUGAAUCAAAAUAUUAUCUUGCAAGGAAAUUUCUUUCUAAAGUUCUUUGUAUCGCUUCAAUUAUUGAUGAUAUUUAUGAUGUUUAUGGAACCCUUGAUGAGCUCAAGAUUUUCAAAGAUGCAGUCCAAAGAUGGGAUGCUAGUGUAGUAAAUGAAUUACCAGAAUAUAUGAGGUUUUGCUACAUUUAUCUUCUUGAUGCUUAUGCUGAAAUCGAGAAAGAAUUAGCUGAUAAAGGUGAAUCAUACCGUGUCAAUUAUGCUAGAAUUGAGAUGAAAAAAUUAGUGGGAGCAUAUUUGCUCGAAAGAACGUGGUACCAUGAUGGUCAUAAUCCAACAUUUGAGGAAUACAUUAAGCUUGCAUGCUUAUCUGGCGGUUAUCAGAUGUUAGCAACAACUUCCUUAGUAGGCAUGCAAGAAGAUUUUGUAACCAAAGAGGUUUUGGAUUGGAUGAGUAGCGAGCCUUUAAUUGUUCAAGCUUCUUCACUCAUGGCCAGAUUGUUGAAUGACACAACUGGACACGAGUUUGAACAAUAAAGAGAGCACAUAGAUUCUGCAGUGGAAAUCUAUAUGAAAGAGUAUGGGAAAUCGAAAGAAGAGACCAUCAAGGAGUUGCUAGAACAAGUCACUAAUGCAUGGAAAGAUAUUAAUCAAGAAUGUCUUAAGCCUAUCAUUUGUCCUAUGCCUAUACUCACCCGAAUUCUCAACCUUACAAGAGCUUUAGACUAUAUAUAUGAUGAUAGAGAUUCAUAUACACAUUCCAAUGCCAUGAUGAAGGACUUCAUUACCUCCAUGCUGGUUAAUCCAAUGUGAACUUGCAAAAGAAAAGAAAAGAAUUUACUUGAUCCGGAUGAUGGUGUUUCUUUAAUGUUCUUUUUAAUCUAGUAGUUCGAAUAAAGAGUGACCUGUAGACUGUAGUGUUUUAUUAGUUUUCAUGUGUUUUGCUUUAAGUUGUGAUUCAAAAUAAAGAGUGUCUUGUAAUCAUUUUUUU